AUGGAUACCACUCAAGAUAUAAGUAAGAUUGAUCAACUAAGUCAAGUUAUUCGAUACGUUUCGGUUGUUUUAGACGCUAAUGGGUAUCCUAAAACAUUGCAAAUAAAUGAAUCAUUCAUUGGCUUUGUAGAAAUUUUAGAUCAAUCAGGUGUUGGUUUAGAGGAAUCUAUUAUUAAUUGUAUCACAAAAAAUAAUUUAAAUUUGUCUAAACUUCGUGGUCAAGGGUAUGAUGGGGCUGCCAACAUGAGUGGUGUAUAUUCAGGUGUCCAGGCUAGGUUAAAAUCUAAACAAAAAUUGGCAACAUAUAUCCAUUGUGCUUCUCAUAAUUUGAACUUAGUUUUAAACGAUGCAAUGAAUUCUUCAACGGAAGUAAAAAAUUUCUUUGGACUCGUGGAAAAAAUUUAUAUAUUUUUUUCAAAUAGUAUUAAACAUUGGCAAUUACUUUUAUCUUCAGAGUCAUCAGAUAUUUCAUUUACAUUAAAAAGAUUAUGUACCACUCGUUGGUCAUCAAGUGUAGUUUUCAUUGGCAAAAUUCUGGAAACUGUAAAUGUUGUAUCAAAAGUUCUUCAGUCUCCUAAACAAGAACUGAGCACAGCAGUUUCCUUGCUUAAUUCUGCGUUGAGAAAUCUUCAAGAAUACAGGUCACAAUACACUGAUUUUUUUGAAAUAGCAGUAGAAAUGGCAAAAAUAUGGGGUGUACCACAAAAAUUUCAAGAAAAAAGAAACCGAAGAGAACGUUUUACCAGUUUAAAUAACGUAUUCAAAAUAUUUGAAGUUAUUCAACCGAAUUCAUUGAUUAAUUUAACAGACGAACAAAUUUAUAACUCCGCUAAUAAAUUGGUAAAAUAUUAUGAUUCUGAUUUAUCUAAUGCUCUUGCUGGUCAAAUUUUAUCGUUCAGAUCUUGUUUUAAAGAAGAAAUUACAAAAAGAACCUCGGUAAAAGAAAUUACCGAAUUACUUGUUAUAGAGAAUCCUACAUUAGCAACAACAUUUUCUGAAAUAUGUACAGCGUGCAUCACAAUGUGUGAAGAAAGAUUAAGUGGACUUGGAAUUCUGUCUAUUGAAAACGACCGAGCUCGUCAGUUAAACUUAAAAGAAAUAAUUAAUAACUUUGCGGAAAAAAAAGCACGCAAACGAAAUUUUCACUGA